UAACACUUCUUAAUAACAUGCACUCAAAGCUAUAAAAAGCUAUACUAAUGUGCCGUGUAUCAUGCUUGGGUUUACUUGGCAUGAAGAAGGAUCAAGAUAACAAUUGUUGUGAUAUUAAUUUGGCCCUGUAUACUGCAUGACAACGGUUGCCUGAAAGACUGCAGCAAAAGAUCCAAACCAAUAGAAAAAUAGCUUGCAGGCAACUCAAUGACAUUUGUAUUCUGAGAGAUUUCCACUGAAGAAAAAGGCUGGGGUUUCUCUGGAGCACCAUAUGAAUUGUGUUCUGGUUAGAACUGGUGGUUGUCAUCGAUUUCCAGAGCUGCUACAUUGAAAGAAUUCCCUGCAUCACCUAUUGGAAGACCUGGCUAUGGUAUAAUGACAGGCAUCUCUGAGUGGUAUUCUGGAAGAUUGCUGUUAGCAACGAAUUGUGAUGGGAAGCUUGCCCAGUAAGAGGAAACAGAUUGCUAACCAGACAAGCCCACAACUGAACACAAGGCACAGCCAGAGCUAUAGCGUAAACCUGCCAGUUGCCAAUUUCCCCAUGAUUGUUGCAGUCAGUGAUUUUCCUUCUAGAGACACAGAACCAGUACUAAGGAUGGGGGAACAGCUGAGUUUGCUAUCUGAAGACAGUGAAUGGUGUCAAGUCAAGUCAGUAGCAACUGGCAAAGAAUGCUGUGUACCCAGCAACAACAUAGCUAAAAUUUCACAUAGGUGGCUCUAUGAUGGCAUUGAUCGAGCCAAAGCCGAGCAGUUGUUGCUGUUGCCUGCAAACCAGGAAGGUUCUUUCAUCAUAAGAAAGAGACAAGCGAAGAAAGGUUGCUACUCUUUAUCAAUCAGAUGUACAAAUCAUGAAUCCUGGAAUUGUAUAAAACACUACCGCAUUAACUGUUUGGAAAACAGCUGGCUUUAUAUCUCCCCCAGCCUCACCUUCCCAAGCUUGCAUGAACUGGUGGACUAUUAUUCUGAAAGUAGUGAUGGCUUAUGUUGCUGUUUGAAGACACCAUGUUUCAUCCAAGGAGCUAGUUCCAGCUUGUUUCAUAAUCUUCCCAAACCUGUGGAAGUAAAAAAAUCUCUCAAUUGGCAACAGAUUAAGAGCUCGGACUUGUUGUCAGAAGAACGGCUAACCGAAGACUCACCCAUCAGUCUUGGCAUGCGCGAAGCAGUUACUACUUACCUGUUUAUGACCGAUGACCUGUCAUUACAGGGCACACCAAACAGAAAAGGAAGGCAAACCAAAGAUACAUAAAGCAAAUAUUGGAAGUAUUUCUGGAAUAUCAAGCUUGAACACAAGAUCUGUUGAAUUUGUGGUAUUUUUAUCAAGUUGAUUCAAAGUGGUUAUCCAUAAAUCAGUGUUAUCAUAGUUAUACUUUUCAUCUUUUUCUGUGUGUGUGUGUGUGUAAGUUUAUUUAUGUAUUUUCCCUACAUGUAUUUUGCACUUGGUCAUUCAUAAUUGAUUAGUAAUGGAAAAACUGAAGUAUUCACAAUAAACCAAAUAAUUGUUUCACCAGGCUGUAAUGGAGCAUUGGAACAUUCGUGUCAACAGUUCAAGAAACAAAGGAAAGCAAGGAAAGAGGUUUUCUCUGGUCUGAGAGGAAGAAUGAUAGGAAUGGAGCCACCAAAAGUAGAAUGGAAAUGCAAGUGGUUCUAUAUAUAGUAUCCACAAAUGGCAUAUAAAAGGCACACAAAAACCUAUGGCAGCUUCUGGCCGUACUCAUAAGCUGCAUGGUUUGCUUAAUAAAGCCAUAAUACAUUGGUUUCAUGUUAAAAUUAAACAAAGCACACAAGUUCACCACCUUGAAUUAUUUGUAAAAAUAAUAAAGGAGGAAUACAAAUAAAAAAUAAAAAAUAAAUUAUAGUGGAGUCAUUGAGAUGUCUGAGCUUGGUUGUUUGCUUG